AUGACUUUAAUCGCUGCGAAAGGAAACAUUCGAACUGGUUUAUUGAUAUUUCCUGUGAUCGACAUUCAAAUGCCUGUGGCUAUGAAUUUUUUAACAACAAUUUGUGGCAUGUACGAACAUGGCUGUAACAAAGUGAAAACUGCGCAAUGUUGUUGUGAUUAUUCACCGAGAAUGCGCCACAUUUGGAUUAAAACAUGA